AAUAUGAAGUCGGAAAUCAUAUACAAAACAAACUAAUUUUAUUUAUGGCACAAUAUUUGAACCAACAGUUCCUUAGAGAAGAAUAAUUAUAAUUAUAUGAGAAAGUUGUUUCAGUAAAAAAUUAGUAAAUUUAUGGGGUAGCGUUUGGAAUUUAGAUUCCAGAGUUUCACACACUAUUUAUUCUUUUUGAUAGAUCCAUUAGUCAGCAGCACACAAAAAUUGAAUAAUUUCAUGGCAACACAGCGUACAUUACCUAAAACCUAACCUAUAAAACAUUAAAUAUUGUUUUCUAAAAGAAUCCAAUUUCAGAUUACCUAGUGACUUGUUCAAGUAAUAGUAAACAAACUGAUAACAUAGUACUUAAAACGAUUAAUCUGUUACAUAUCGUUUAAAACUACGUGUUGUUUUUUAAACCGGUCACUUCUGUACUGCAGCUGGUCAGAGUUACUUCACAAGUUCAAUUAAGUAAAAAAAAUGGGUAAAAUUCCAACAGUUAAGUUUAACAAUGGCCGGGAGUACCCUGCUUUUGGGCUGGGAACUUGGAAGUCCCAACCUGGCGAAGUUGCUCAAGCAGUAAAAGACGCCAUCGACAUCGGUUACCGUCAAAUUGAUUGUGCCUGGAUCUACGGCAACGAAAAAGAAGUAGGCGAAGCCUUAAAAGCCAAAUUCUCCGAUGGCACAGUCAAAAGAGAAGACCUCUACAUUACCAGCAAACUAUGGAACACUUUCCAUCGACCCGAUUUGGUUUCUAAAGCUCUUAAAGAGACUUUGAACAAUUUAGGAUUGGAAUACUUGGACUUGUAUCUCAUCCAUUGGCCCAUGGCUUAUAAAGAAGAAGCUGAAAGUUUCCCAAGAAGAGAAGACGGUACUGUCAUUUUCAGUGACGUGGAUUAUGUAGACAGUUGGAAGGAAAUGGAAAAGCUUCAACAACAAGGCCUUAUUAAAUCCAUCGGUCUCUCAAACUUCAACAAGAGACAAAUCGAAAGAGUUUUAGCAAUUGCUAAAGUAAAACCUGUAAAUCUCCAAGUGGAAUGCCAUCCAUACCUCAACCAAAGCAAACUGAUCGAAUUCUGCAAAUCCAAAGACAUCAUCGUCACGGCGUACAGUCCGCUUGGAUCAGGAGACGCGAAACUUUUGGAUGAUCCCAAACUUAAAGAGCUGGCAACGAAAUACAAGAAAACUCCCGCUCAAAUCAUACUUAGAUAUCAAAUUGAUAGAGGAAACAUCGUCAUUCCAAAAUCCGUCACCAAAUCGAGACUGCAACAGAAUUUUGAAAUUUUCGAUUUCAGUUUAACCAAGGAAGAUGUGGCUUAUAUCGAUACGUUUGAUUGUAAUGGAAGAAUACUUCUCUUGAAUGCCGGCUAUGGUCAUCAACACCAUCCAUUCCAGAAUGACGAGUUUUAAAAAAUUAAUUUUUCCUUUUCAAUAUUAUUAUAAAAAAUAAAUUAUUAAAAUUUGAAACCGUA